AUGCGUUUCGGUCAGUUGCCUGCGCUGGCUGUCGUUGCUCUCAUUCUGUGCUGCAGCGCCGUCGUGACCGCUGAUAGUACGGCUCUAAAGUUGGCCAGCGCCAAACCUGGUGCCAUCUAUGGAGGUCACCGCUAUCUCAAAGGCAGCAAGACAUCUACUGGGUUGGAUGCAGCGAACGAAGAAAGAGUUGGCGCGACUACUCCCAGUUUUAAGCAAUACUUUAGCUGGAUAAAAUUACCCAAGCUGUCAGGCAUUCCCGGGUUUAAGCAGCUCAGAGGUUACUUGGUUAAGCGCGAUGCCGCUCGCGUUGAGAAGCUAAGGCAGAAACUCAAUAACAAUCCCGGGGCGUACGGCUAUUAA